AUGGCGUAUACUGUAUGUUUUCUCUCUGCAUUGUAAAUAUCCCUGCAUAAGACCCAAGAACGCUUUAAUAAUAUUGAGAAACACUUUAGCGUAUAAAAUACUGCAUUAAUGAACAAUUUUAAGCAAACUUUUCGCCACAGAUUUGCCAUAUAUUGUCAUAUAUUUGCGAGCAACAGGUCCAUUACUUCAUGUAAUCAUUUGAUUGCAGGACCUACCGGUUGAUCACUUGUUUCCAUCCUACCAAACUGACGUUGCACACCUCAUCUAGUGAGCUUUAAGGUAAACAAUUUGGUUUAAUUUGGUUUGCGUAUGGAUAUGGAUAGGGUAAAAGAGUAGGGUCAGGGUUUGUUUUAGGGUUAAUCUCUGGGUUUAUAUAAUUAAAAUUUAUUUUAAAGGCACUGAGCUAUAUUUUACUAGUAAUAUAGUGAUAAAAUGAUGUCACGUCAGUUUGAGAUGGAAACAAGUGGUGACCGUAAUUUAUGCGGUAAAUUCAUUCUUCAAGCUUUGCUAAAAACAUCCAGAGUUAAACAAAAUUUUACUCUUUUUGUUCAUCGUGCUGCAAAACUGACUGAAAUGGCACAUUUUACGGUGAAUUGCAGCAAGAAAGGCAAAAAUAUGAGGUGUGUGAUCACCUAAGUCAGGCAAGUGUCACCAAGCACAGUCAGUUGUCAAGACCAAAUACCAUAGAGGAAAUUCGAAGGAAAAGGAGCAAGAGACGGAGAAAAAAUCAUCAUGAAGAGAGAAAGCUAUCAACAAAAGCGUUAAAGAGAAAAUUAAGCGAGAAAUUUAGGAGUAAUCUACGACAAGUAAAUGGGAAAUUUGUGGAGAAGCUUGAAGCUGAAAAGAAUCGGGCGGAUGAGAACAGAAGAAAGGCUGAACACUUCUGGAGAGAGGGGCACAAGGGCAAGUCAUUGAAACAACAGGAAAUGUAA